AUGAGUGAGAGUAGAUCUAUUCUUCAAGUUUUGAAGGAAGGUGGUAAUUCUAGAUUAAUCAAGAAGCUGACUCCGGAUCAUCUGAUCCCUUCAAUUUCUUCAGCUAUAAGUGCUUAUGAAGGGAAUCAAGAUGUUUCAAAUCUAGAUAAAGAUUCUAAUUUCCAUACUCCAAGAUUGAUCGCUAAGGGUAGUCACUUUGCUUAUACUGCACCAGAAAAGAGACCAUUUUAUAAACCCUUAAUUGUAUCUGACAAUGCAGUACAGGAUAUGGGACUGAAAGUUGAUGAUGAAUUUUAUAAAAUAUUCGAUGGUGAACAAGUUUACUAUACUGAUAAAGUGUUUCCGUACAGUCUGGCAUAUGCAGGAUUUCAAUUUGGGAAUUUUGCCGGACAACUGGGUGAUGGAAGAGUAGUUAAUUUAUUUGACUUAAGAGAUAGAAAUAAUAAAUGGCAAACAUUUCAGUUAAAGGGAAGUGGAUUAACUCCUUUUUCGAGGUUUGCUGAUGGCAAAGCAGUUUUAAGGUCUAGUAUAAGAGAAUUUAUAAUCAGCGAGGCAUUACAUGGCAUAGGUAUACCGUCAACAAGAGCAAUCCAACUUACGUCUCUACCUAAAACAAGAGCGAGAAGAGCAGAAUUCGAGCCAUGUGCAGUGGUAUGUAGGUUUUCACCAUGUUGGAUAAGGUUAGGUAAUUUCGAUCUUUUCAGAUGGAGACCUGAUUUGAAAGGUUUGGUUUCUCUAACUGAUUUCUGUAUUGAUAGCAUCUUUGACAAUGGCAGCAAUUUUCCAAAAGAAUUGGAUAUCAACAUGUUUGACAAGAAUUAUUUUCCAGAUAGUAGAAGUGGAGAAGUUAAAAUUCCUUUCAAUAAAGAUGAAGAGUUGCAUAAAACAAAAUUAGAAGGAUGUACAAAAUAUGAUUUGUUCUUUAGACAUGUCGUUAAUCUAAACGCAGAAUGUGUAGCAUAUUGGCAAUCAUAUGGAUUUGUAAAUGGUGUUCUUAAUACCGAUAAUACUUCAAUUAUGGGAUUGUCUAUGGAUUAUGGUCCAUUCAGUUUUCUUGAUAAGUUUCAACCAGAUUUCACGCCAAAUCACGAUGAUUCGACCAAUAGAUAUAGUUUUAAAAACCAACCAAGUAUAAUAUGGUGGAACUUAGUACAGUUUGCACAAUCUUUGUCUCCUUUGAUUGGAGCUAGUGAGAAACAUCUAGAGUUUGUCAUGAAUAUGAACUAUAACGAUAUGGAUCGGGAACUAGAAAUGGAACUUGUCAAUCGUGCUAAUAAGUUAAUCGAGCUAGCUUAUAAUGAGUAUAGAUUUAGAUUUACCACUAAAUAUGCUGGUAUCAUGAGUAAGCGUCUAGGAAUUGAUCUAUCAAUACCCAAAUCGUUCUAUGAAAUGAAAGAUAUAGAAAGAGCUUCAGAAGUGACAAAAGAAUUUUGUGACACAAUUCUGGAACCAUUAUUAAAUAUUCUGCAAUCUACUCAAAUCGAUUAUAAUAAUUUUUUUGUUAACUUACAAAAUUAUGAAGGUGAAUAUUUUAUUGAUAAACCAAAUGACAAUUUUGAAGGGUUGGAUGAAAAUUAUGUGCAGUUAUUUUUUGAUGAGAAUCAAUUUGAUGUCUUAAAGAACCUUUCUAAUGAUAAUAAAACCACAAGAGAUAGUAUUUGGGAGGAAAAAUUACCCCAGGUUUUUGAACAAUUAAAAGAGUGGACCAUUUCUUAUACUAAAAUUAUACCUAAAUAUAAGGAAAAAUUACGUAUUUCCUCACAAGUUAACCCAUUGUUUACCCCAAGAAACUGGAUUUUUGAUGAGGUAAUUGAUGAUUUUAUGAUGAACCAACGUAACCUCUUGAAUCAAGAAAAAGUUAUAUUAGAUACCUCAUUAUUAAAGAAAUUAUACCUCAUGAGCUCAAAUCCUUACGAUUCGUCGAAGUGGGAUAGUUCACUAAAAAAUGAGAAAGAGAAUGAGUGGUCAAACUUGAGACAUGUACCACCAGAAGAAAAGGAAAAGUUUAUGAGGCAAGGUACUUGCUCAAGUUAA